GUCUCAGUCUCAGUCUCAGUCUCUGUUUUCCUUCCUUCCCAAUUCACUCGUUCUCUAAUGCCAGUCAGUCGCGCGAUCGCCGCUCGCCUCGCUCACAGGAAGAACCAGCUGAGCGGCGCUGGUCCAGCAUCAGCUGGUGCUGCUGCUCCCAACGCUGCUGCUGCUGCCAAUGCUACUUCCACUGCUGGUGGUGCUGAUGCCGCCGAUGCACCCAAGGCGCCGUUCUCAUUGGCAGACGCCUACCUGAACAACCACGCCGAUGUGCACAUGUCGUUCUGCCUGCUCGCUGUCAUUGGGUACAUGAACAACUACACGGCCGAUUUCGUCGCGCCGUUCGUGGUUGCAAGCUACGAUCACCCAGUCAAGCGCGAUCUUGGUCACGUCACCGUUGACGUGACCGAGUACGGCACCGGCCCUCUCGAUCUCGCCUUGCUCUUGUUCCUGGUUUGCUUCUGGCUGUCCGUCCGCGCAAUCGUCCAAGAGUUCAUUCUCGAUAAGUUCAUUCUCCGCCUCAAGUUCUCGUCCAUCCGCACCCACGAACUGUUUGAAUCGGCAUUCCGCAUCUUCUUUUAUGGCAUUGUUGUUUUCUGGUCGUGGUCCAUCAUCCGCGAUAACUCGUACAUUACCAACUCGGCCUCUCUCACAGCUGGCUUCCCCCACCUGCUCAUGGACCUGUCGACCAAGUUGUUGUUGCUGUCCUCUAUUGCAUUUUGGCUCCACAACAUUCCCUGGCAAUGGAUUGUCGAGGCCCGCCCUGAGCAAAUUCGCACCCGCGUCAUCUACUCUCUGAUCAAUGCUGCGUUCGUGGCUGCCGCUUACUACCUGCAUUACUCGCGCGUCUCUGUGUGCCUCCUCGGCGCUCAAGCUGUGUCGGAGCUCUUGUACUCGUUCUACCAGCUUUUCGAACAAGCCAAGAAGGAAGAUCUGGCACGCAAGAGCUUCCAAGCUUGGGCCGUCGUCUUUGUCUUUGUGCGCCAGGCCAUCAUCACCCUGCUCUUCAAGGUGUUCUGGUCCUCGACCGCGGUUGCCGCUGUCCCCGAGCCCGCCUCGGCUGAAGGCGCCACCGAUGCUCAGACUGUUGCUGUUGAUGAGCCCCAAGGAGCUGGUCUCGCGGGAUUGGUCUUUGCUGGUGCUAUUCUGGCCGUGCAAGGUGUUGCCAUCUACCAGUUCAUUGCUCUGAUGCUCACCCACAAGCACGGAUUGAGCUCACUGCUGUCUGGCAAGCCCAAGGCGGCUAAGCAAUCCGACGCAGCUGCCUCCAACUCGAGCGAGGCCAGCAAGAAGGCCAAGAAGCAAAAGUAGUCGAGAGUUUGAUCUAGUUUUUUUUUUGUUUGUUUGUUUGUUUGUUUGUUUGUUUGUUUGGGUUUGUCAAUGAAACGAUACGAGAGCAGACCAACC